UAGAUUAUGUUUUACUAUUCGGGCUGCAAUCGUCGUUUUAAAACUGUAUAAUAUCUCCAGUUGCCUCCCCUUUGUUUUCGUUUCCAUGGUACAGUCAGUGGGCACUAUGGCGCUGGCCAGGGUCUGCAAAUGUUGUAGGCCGGUGGUAAAAGAGAGUUUCAAAGGACUGUUAUGUCGAGUUUUACAGCCAGGCUGGAUUGAAGGCGGUAAGACAGCUAAGAGACAUCUGCUGUCAGAAGAUAUCAUCAGACUACAAGACUUCCAGGAGAGGAAGCUGGCUGUGGGUUACUUUGUCAAUGGACUGAAUGGAAAUUUUAUUGACCUCCUCAGUGAAAAGCUCCAAAGGAAUGAGCAGAUAUAUAGCCGAGACCUGAAGAUUCUCCUUCACUCGUGCCAGUCUGCAGAUGACAUGAAGGUAGCCACAGAAGCCAUUUAUAGAUAUGCAGAGAACACCACGUUUCACCAGUUCAAGUUUGGGCCUCUCUUCAUACGACUGUGCUAUGAGCUUGGUCAGGAGGAUUUGGCUGCUGCUACAAUAACAGAUCAGAGUAUGAAGGAAUUUUUCAACGAUGCGACUUCCUUUAACAUCACCACAGACAUGUUAUUCACCAAAGGCUCUUAUGAACAUGCCCUGAAGAUCAUAAAAACCAUGAAGAAACGAGGUGUAGAAUUCACCAAAGACACUUUCAUACUGGCAUGUGGCACCUGCUAUAAACUGAACACACCGGAGUCCUACAGGAUCUGCACUGCUCUGAUAGAUGAGGCAGAGAGCAAAGACCUCCCUAUUCCCAGACAUGCUUACAGCUUUGCUGUAGCAUUAGCACUUCGGCAGAAUGACGUAGAAAAGGCACAAUCGUUGUAUUUUCAAAUAAUAAACACUGACAGCAGAAUAGGCCAGAACUUAAGGGUUCUAAUACUAGCAAUGUCAGGAGAGGUUGCAGAGGCGGUUUCAAUCCUGUCUGCAGCGCAUUUGUAUAAAUGGCCCUCUUUUGUGAAGAAGCCUGAAUUUUGUCAGGAGGUGUUGGAUUUGCUGUGCCUGCGGAGUGAAGAUGGACCACACAUGAUGAAAGUGAAAAAGAUAGUGCGUCAUCUUGAGGAAGCCAAUCAAGUGACCCAGCAGACCCUCGAUGACCUGCUCUGCUUCACACCCCCAGGGAAGAGGGAGCAACCUCUGGUGGAGAGGAGGAUCAGCAGGACUGUGAAGGCUGUGAUAUGAACUCUAUCUCUGGUUAGAGCUUGUCCUGAUAAUUCUACCAACAUUUGAUGAAAACAGUAACAGUUCAUGUCAACAGAACACUGCUGAUAGACAAUUACAGAAGCAAUACUAUCUAAAUGGGUAUGGAUUUUCUUUGUCAAGGAUCCCCUAUGGAUAAUAGGUUAUUUGGGGGGAAAUUCUGUAUAUAAAAGUAUGAAUGAGUGAUUAAAGAUAAAUUGAAUAUUUAAUAGUGAAAGCAAAGGAUUCUUGUCUUGCUUUGAUGUGUAUAGAUGCUGGUGAAAUCAGAUUUGUUUUAUCAUCCAUUUGAUAAAAUGGAUAUCUUGCAAAGCUACUGCCUUUUUCCAACAAAAUAAAUAGAUACACUUUUUAAUA